CCACCGCCCGGCUUCUAGCUCACUUUUUAAUUAAAAGGAAAGAAAGUGACACUUCCUCUUCCUGUUACACUGCCCUGUUGCACAAAUGAAGCCCCCAUGGGGAUAGCAAGCAUAGAGAGAAAAUCCAGCUUCUCUACUCCAGCCGCUUUACAAGCUCCCCACCCCACCCAAUUCCUACAGCUUUGGGUUGGUCUGACACCCUUUGAUUUUGGCAGUCCCAUUCUCCUGGAUGUUAGAAACGUCUUCAAGGCUGGUUCACCUGGGUAGGGCACCCUAGGGUUCUGUCCGGUGCAGCCAUAUUGACCGCGAAGUCCCUGUGGAUCGGAAUCCCCACGCAUGCUACGCCUCGCGUCACUGGGACAUGGGGGCGGGGCGGGGCACGGAUUAAAGGGCCUAGGGACUGCCAAGCAGAAUUGAUUGUCCAAGGUCUUGGCGAGGGCGCGGAAUCUCUAGAUUUAGACCUUAAGAAUGGAGAAGCACCGGAGAAUAAGUGAAAGAAGCCGAAAUGGCAUCGAAGGUUGUCUCAACGUGACUUGCCUCCACCCUCCCCACGUGACGCUGUAUCCCUCUACCUUCUUUUCACGCUGUCAAGCCCUCGGAUCCUAGUUCUUCACCCUAAGACACGCACCGCGCACCGGCCGCGUGGUCCAUGCCGGGCUGGGGGGCGGGGCGAGAGCCAGUGACGCAACCGUUGCCAUAGGAACUCGCCGCCUGCUCCGGCGCCGCAGCUGAAGCCGAGCUGCAUCCCGCCCCGGUUGUCCCCGCGAGCCCUGCUGCCGGGCCCGGGGGCCGGCAGAGCGGGCGCGGCCUCCGAAGCCGCGAGGGAGAGGACUAGCGCGGGGCGGCUGCAGCCCGGUCCUCGGGCCGCCCCCGCCCCCGCGCCGCUCCCUCCUCCGCGCCUCCGCAUCCCGGACCUGCGCCUGCUUUCGCUCCCGCCCGCCGCGGCCCCGGGCUCGCUUCGUCGCCACCACAGCCGCGGUUGCCUCCGCCUCCGCUCCGGCUGCGACCCCAACCGAGACCGUGACCUCAGUCCCCGCCCCGCCCCCGCCCACAGCCGGGCCAACUUGUGCCCAGGCCGGGACACCGGCGCCAGCCCCCAAGACCCAGUCGUGGGGACCAUGCUGCCCAGCUCCAUCCAGAUUUCGGGGGAGCCGCUGUCAGGCGCCGAGGUGCGGGACAUCUGCCGCGGCCUGCGCGACAACGCCGUGCGCCUGCUCUCGCUGCGCGGCUGUCGCCUGUGCGACCGCGACUUCGGCCGCAUCUGCCGGGCCCUAGCUGGAGCCACGUCCCUGGCGCAGCUCAACCUUAACCUGGGCGUCGUGUCCAGCCCCAGCCGCAUCAAGCAGCUGGCGGAAGCGCUACGGACCAACCGCUCCAUCCAGUCCCUCUUCCUGCAUGGGAGCCCACUGACAGAUGCGGGACUUGCCUUGCUGAACCCAGCCCUGGCUCUCCACCCUGCCCUCGUGGCUCUUGACCUGGGGGACUGCAUGCUAGGUGAUGAAGCCAUCAACCUUAUCUGUGGUCUCCUCCCUCCAGAUGGGGCCAAGUCUGGUUUGAAGGAGCUAACACUGAGUGCCAACCCUGGCAUCACCCCCAAGGGCUGGAGCCGCCUCGCCAUUGCUGUGGCCCACAGCUCCCAAGUCCGCGUCCUCAACCUGGACUACAACCCCCUGGGUGACCAUGUGGCAGGGAUGCUGGCUGUAGCUGUGGCCUCAAGCCGGACCCUAGAAGUCCUAGACUUGGAGGGCACAGGGCUCACCAACCAGUCAGCUCAGACCCUGCUGGACAUGGUAGAAAAUUACCCAACAGCUUUGCGGAGCCUGGUGCUGGCCGAGAACAGCAUUAGCCCAGAGCUGCAGCAGCAGAUCUGUGACCUCCUCUCCGAGGGGGAGGAAGAGGAAGAGGUGGCAGGAGGGGCUGUGGACACACAGGAAUGGGGGCGAGCGCGGGAGUCUGUGGCCCACCAGCGGGGUGGCGGCUCCUGGAUGUGCCCCAGUGAUCCCAGCUCUCAGAUGGUGCUAAUGACGUCAGGACUAGGGGACAGUCUGCUGGCCGAGACCGAGAUGUGACCCUCCACUUGGGCUUCUGUGCAUCCUUGAAUCUGUCUGUGUCCCACUGCCUUCCUCCACAUGGCAGGGAGGCCCUGGCUGGGGCUCUGGCAGUCCGUAGUUGUGGGAGGCUCUGGAAGCUGUCACUGGGCGUCAGCCUUGAGGGGUGGGGGGGACUUGAACUUUGAACUUGUUGGCAGCUCUGGCUGCAACCCGCUGGCUCAGAACAGAUUUUAUAAACUCUACAACCUGG